ACAAUUCAAAGUGUUAUCCAAUGAAAAGACAGCGAGCGUGAUGACGUAAAAGAGCUUUAAAUACCGAGCGGAAGAAGGACAAACCGAAACUAAAAAGUAGUACGAUCCCCAACGAACAGCAAAGACUGACCUUCCUCCAGAGGGGCUAAAAUGACAUACGCAAGUGACCGGCUUUAUAAUGAGGUGAUCAGGAAGAAACUGGCUCAGUAUGCAUCACUAAUCAAAGUGAAAGAGAUCUUGCCUCACUUGCCAUGCCUCACACUCACUGAUAGGGAGGAUGUCGAAACCAAAAAAGAUAGUCAUGGAAACUACCAAGCAGUGCAGAUGCUUAUGGACAACCUGCGCAGGCGAGAGAACUGGCCUGAUGAGUUCAUUGAAGCGCUCCGGAUGUGUGAACACUACACACUGGCUGAUGAGCUCAGUGUUGAGUAUGACAGAAUCAAGGGAAGGACAAAUGCAGCUGCUACUGUUGCACCCCAAUCACCACCUGUUCAAGCUCCUGCUUCUGAUUCCACCGCCGCUGCUACUGCAAAAGUAACUACAGUUACUAUUCAUAAAGUCCCGGUGAACACUCCUCUUGGUCUGACUCCACUUUCAGUGGAUGCUCCAGCACAGACGGUUGCGCCUACCAACACUGCACCCCAAGUACCAACUCUUCAAGUUCAAGAUACACGACCUGAGCAAGUUAAUAUCCCUGCUCCAGCCGCCUCUCCUGAACCAUCUGAAAUUGCACCUCCAGUUGUGGUUUCUUCCCAAGCACAUCCCCCUGCUGAUAUCUCACCAUCCGAAGUGACUUCAGAUGUUCAGGAAAAUGAAUCUCGAACCCAUAGUGCGGCAACUGGGAACCAGAUACCUAUUAUAAACACCCCAGAUGUCCAAACCACCAUAUCCUUAACUGAAGGCAGUGCCCAAGCAUCGCCCACCAGCACAUUUCAAAGCCAAAUUACAAACCCCGACUACACCCAGAGUUCCCAGACACCGGAGAAUAGCAAGGUGCCAUUAGCAGUCGAAGAGACUUCUGACAGUCUCCCUGUCCAAGAAACCACUCCUCCUUUGAACAAGGAACCAGAGGAAUGCUCCAACCGAACUGCAAAUGAGAUUGCUCAGAGAACCAACACUGCAGAAUUGCCAGGCACAGCCCAAAUAACUACCAACAGAACAGCGCCGGCAACCUCUUCUUCCCAUGCCGGUUCCAUCAAUGAAGAAUAUUUCAGUAAGCCUGGCAUCCUUCAAGUUCAACCACCUUCUGUCUUGACAGAGGAGCCUUGCUCAACGGUUUCAAGUGAUCUGGAGAUCAGCGAGAGAUCUAGUUGUGCUGGGCGAUCCGGCAAUGGGUCUUUUUCUACAAUCAUUGAAAGCCCUGAUCUUCGUGUGGACUCUGCCUCUCAGUCCUUACACCAAAAUAUCCCACCACAACAUGAUGCUCCCUCAUCUACUAACCAGCCGGAGGAGGACCACUAUGAAUCUUUGUGUCAAAGUCAAACAGGAGUACUGUCCAACGUAAUUCACUUCGCUGAGGAACCACCUGCAGAAAAUUUGAACGGUCAACCACUAAGCAUGCUGCGUAAUACAGACAAUCCAUAUGGGUUAUCGGCAAAUUCCCAACAUAGCAUGGUCACGCGUGAGGACCAGCCAGCCCUGAAUUACGGAAACAAUGAAAAUGUGUAUCCUCGGAAGCUAUCUGGACAAAAUGCCGUCAGACCAUCAGAACAUGAGAAGUCACCCACUUUUAACCACCAAGGGCAAGAAUCAAAUGCCAGUACGUCAGUUAAUAAGAGAGAAGAGGGCCAGACAACCGGCCAGAUAAACAAAGUCUACCUUACCGCUGCUGCUGUUUUAGGCAUUGGUCUUUUCUGUGCCUGGAAAAUCAAGCAUUAAGUCUUUUGAUUCAUUUUAAAGCUAUAUACCAAGUCUUCUAAACCCAAACGUAACCCAGAUUUGUAUACCUUCUCAUUGGCUUUACAGUUUGUUAUGAGAGGUCGCAAGAAUACAUUCUGUGUGUGGCACGCCAUAUGAACCUAACCCUUCUUGUACAUUUCUGGAAAAUGCUUAAGAAUUUCACAGACUGUACAACUGCUCAUAUUGCCGUCUUUAACACCUCUGUAAAGAAGACUCAAUGUUUGCUCUGCAACACAUUUUGAAUAUUUUUGUGCACUCUUUCGCUGACCGGUAUGCACACUUUCUCUUACAAUUCAGCACGUUUGAAACUGUCCAACAGGAUGAAACGGUACACAGGUGGCUAUCCACUGCCAACAAAAAUCGAAUGUUUUUUGUUAAUGCCUUUAAAUGGGGUAGCUGUAAAGAUGAACUGCAAACACAACCAAGUGUCAUGUUAGUGGAGGAUACGUUUUUGCAUUCUGUCACAAUUCACUUUCACAAAUAAAGAAAGGGUUGCUGUGUCCUAAAAUCGCACUUUAGAUUUGAUUUGUUGUAAUAUUCUUUCUACAUAUGAAGAGUUUGGUUCCAAAAUCAUUUAACUCAAAAACAGAUUUUUCAAAAAUCUGUAGUUUUUUUAUUGUGCAUUCCAAUUGAUAUCACACUGCAGUUGGUUUGUUUUAAGUCUUCAUAACAAAAAAUACAGCUAAGUAGCACAAUAAAAACUUGAUAACAAAAUAAUAAACAUGUUUUGAAAAAAAUAAAAAUAAAAACGUUAUCUGGUUUUGGAACCAAACUCUUCAUAUAUAAUAUUGAUAUUUUAAUCAUAAUGAAGAGAGUAAAACAUAAGUCAUGUGAUUGUGUAUAAACAUAGUUUGAAUGAAAUAUAUUCAAUUUAAAAUGUACACAUAAAUGUGUAUGAUUUUUGUGGGGUAGUCUUUUAUCCUAAGCAGCACUUUUACACUUUGUCUAUGAUUUUUACAGCAUUUGGUGUGGUAUGAAAAUAAAAAUGUAUGCUUGCAUAUCUGUUUUAAAUGAACUGCAUGUAAGUUAGUAAUGUUACUACUGAUCUUUAAAACAUUUUGUGGGACUGUUAACCGUUAUUGUUUCACGUUGGAAAGUAUGACCUCUGACUAUAUUUUCUGCUGUGACUUAACUGUUGCUAAAGUACGUGUACCGGUCAUGUAUAUUUCUGACUUACUGAUUUCCAGAAAUUUAUUUUAAAAUAAACUGACCUUCAUGUA